AUGAAGAUGGAAGUGUGCUGUGGGAGUGUAAUCACACAGCAGACUGCUCUUGAGAAGAAGGUCAGAGCCCACUCUCAUUCUCUUCUCUUGUCUUUUGCAGUAGCCAACUGUCGAGUCUUAGAGGGAUUGCCAAGAUAUUCCUCCAUCCCCACAUAUCUGCCUGUCAACUACCAGGUGCUCAAUGCUGACUUGUCAUUUUUCCUGAAAGAAACCAACCAGGACUUCAUGAGGAACUCUAGCCUAUUGUCGCGGACUGAGCCCUUCUUCAUCUACCAGGCCAGAAGUUUGCCCUCACUGAACGCUAGCUAUGGGCCUCUGUCUGUGGAGCAACCUGUCCCUUUGGAGCUCCUACAGAGUCCGGGCACCUUUCCCGCCUCCUCUGUUUUUACCUUUAACUGGAAGGUGCAGACCUUUAUCAUGAAUAACAGGAUUCACCUGGCCAAGCCCAAAGUCCAGGUUCUGUUCUAUGUUGCAGGCAGGGACUGGGAUGACUACAGUGCCAUUGACAAGCUGCCCUGUGUGCACAUGUUUGCUUUCCAUGAGACCCAGGAGGUGCGUGGUACUUGCCAGCUGAAGGGGGAACUGGGGCUUUGUGUAGCUGAGCUGGAGCCAUUGGCAAGUUGGUUCAGCCCACCUAGCGUAGUGCCAGGACGCCAGAGGAACCUGGAAGUGUCUGAGGGCACCCCAGUGGAGCUCUACUACCUGCUGCAGUCCACAGAAGCAGGGGAGUGCCAUUCAGAGGAGGCCAGAAAGGAAAACUUCAUCCGCUCAAGCCAGGAAGGGUUGUUUGGUUCCUAUACCUCCACACCUCUGAAGAGGAUUGGUGGUGUGAGGCUCUACCAGAACCCCACUCCUCCCCCUCUCGCUGAACACAGGCUGGAUAAUAACUUUAUGGUCAUGGUGCCAGCCACACCCAUGAGACAGAGGGAAACGGUUUCUGCUUUUAUCUCAGUGUCAGCCUACUCUCCUGUGGAGAUGUUUACUCUAAGAGUGAAGUUGAAAGAGGGAGUGGCGUUUCUCGGAGCUCGUCCCAGCAAUCCCACUCAGUGGAUAGUCAGCCAAGAUGUGAGGAGCGAAGGCCAUCGCGUGGUGACUCUCCACUGCCGCCGCAAGGAGUCCGGCUAUGACCAGCAAAGGUCUGAGAUGGGAGUUCAGAGGGUGCUCCAGGUAGAUCUGAAAAUGGAAAGCUUCCCAGAACCACUGGGCAGCCGCUGGAUGGCCUGGCAGGUGGAGUACCCUGAGAGUCGUGCCGCCACACAGGAAGCUGAAACGGAGAUCCGACUGGCGCAAGAGGACCUGGCGGGCAUCGUGCCCCUGGCUAUGGAUUCUGAGAUUUUGAACACUGCUGUGCUGACUGGGAAAACAGUGGCUGUCCCUGUAAAGGUGGUGACCAUUGGAAUAGAUGCCUCUGUUACUGAUGUCUCCGAAGCAGUCAAGUGUCGCUCUACAGACGAAGACGUGGUCAAGGUGUCAGACAGGUGUGACUAUGUUUUCGUCAAUGGCAAGGAGAUGAAGGGCAAAGUGAAGAUGAUGGUGAACUUCACCUACGGGUACCUGAGUGCUCAGCUGGAGCUCAACGUGUGGAUCCCUCGACUCCCCCUGCAGAUUGAGGUUUCAGACACCGAGCUAAGCCAGAUCAAAGGGUGGAGGGUGCCCAUUAUGGCCAGCAGCCAAAGGUCAGCACGGGACAGCGAGGACGAGGAUGACGAAGACAGACGUGGACGAAGCUGCACUCUACAGUACCAGCACGCCAUAGUCAGAGUCCUGACCCAUUUUGUAGCUGAGUCAGUGGAUCCUCGAGGCCAGACGAGCUUCAUGAUGGGCACUGAUUGGCAGGUGGACAUCACAGAGCUGGUGUGGGAUUUCUUGAAGGUAGAAGACCCACAGAUUGCACAGCUGCUGGACAGAAAGAUACUGGUGGGACUUGACAUGGGAAUGACCACUAUCCAGGUGUUGUCUCCUUUGUCAGACUCAAUACUGGCAGAGAAGACUAUCACAGUGGUGGAUGACAAAGUGACUAUCACAGAGUUGGGGGUCCAGCUGGUCACAGGUCUUUCUAUGAGCCUGCAGCUCAGUCCAGGAAGCAACAGAGCCAUCCUGGCUACCACGACCACACAGGAGGUUCUGCAGAGCCCCAAACAGGAGGCUUUGAUCAGCGCCUGGCUACAGUUCAGCGACGGCUCUGUGGCUCCUCUAGACCUGUACAAUCCUGACUUUUUUGUCCUGACAGCUACCUCCCUAGAUGAGGAUGUGGUGACAGUGCAGCAGGACCCCACGUGGAAAUGGCCUAUUAUCGUGACGGAGGCAGAGGGCCAAGGCCUGCUGGUCAGAGUGGAGAUGACUGUUUGCGAGAUCUGCCAGAAGUUCAAGCGCCGCAGCAUCUUGGCAGCGGGGAACUGUAACGUCAGGGUGAAGUUUGGUUAUAGUGACAGCUCAAGAGGAGGGGGCAGCGAUUAUGGCCCUGAUGUAGAGGAUGUGGAAAACAGAGGUAGGCUAUCACCCUCCCAGGACAGGACCAGCCUUGACACCCACUAUUAUGGGAGCUCCAUCUCUGACAUGGAGGACGGGGUGUCGAGGAGGGCCACCACCACUAGAAGUGCAAUAAUGCGCAGACCCAAUGGGGAUAAACUUUCAGAUGAUGGUAGUCAGAACAUACCAAUUGACUUUGCUGACUUUCCUGCCCAAGUGGACCUUCCCCGUGGUCGCAACAUGGACGAUGACCUUAUUCAGACUGCUCGAGGACUCACAGAUUUGGAGAUCGGUAUGUAUGCCUUGCUGGGGGUCUUCUGCCUCGCUAUCCUGGUGUUUCUCAUAAACUGCAUCUCCUAUACCCUCAAAUAUCGCCAUAAAGAGUUCUCCAUUGAGGGCCAAGAGAACAUGAACCAUGCCCACGACUGGGUGUGGCUGGGGAACGAGGCAGAACUGUUAGAGAGCCAAAUCAGCUUGUCACCCCAGCAGGAGGAACAGACCUCCAUGAUAGACUCAAGUAGCGGGCUUGAGGAAGGCAGCCACUUGCUGAACGGAGGCUCGGCCCAGAAGAACGUGCAGGGCCAAGUGCACCGGGCUGCAGACACAGGUUGCAUAGCCAAGGACAGCAAAGGAGACUCACCCACUACCAAGAGGAAGCGAGUGAAGUUCACCACAUUCACCACCAUCCCCUCGGACAAUAGCUACCCCACUGUGAACACACUGACUGGAUGCCACAGCCAGGACAUUAAAUGGGUGUGCCAAGAUGUAGAGAUGGGAGACUCCAAGGAGUUGCGCAAUUACAUGGAAAGGUUAAAUGACAGUGCUUUAAAAGAGGUGGCAUAA